CUUUCUCUUUGUCUCUCUUUCUCUCUCUUCUUUUUUAAACAUAUAUCACAGAUUGUCUUUUGGUGUACAUUUUGAAGAUCCUUUCCACACUUAACUAACCUCACUAUUUUCUUCUACUCAAGGUAUGCGGUCUCAGAGAUUCUUUUGCAAUCUGUAACCAUUUUCUUUUCAGUGGUAAUGGAAAGACAGAAUAGGCAAAAUCAUAUAUUGUUGUUAGAACAUGCAUUACAUUCCAUUAUAAAAUAGAUGUGUGGUAUUGUAUAGUUUCUAUCUUUUCAUGUUUGCUAAGUCAAAGCAAGUAUUAAGUUUUGGUCAAUGUCAUGUGAUGCUAAAACCCCAGUACUUGCUGUUGCUCAGGGGGAAGGAGGGAAAUCCUGUGAAUAUUCCUCUGCAUUUAAACUCAGUAAUAGACUAGCCCAUGAUCCAUAGCUGGGAUGUACAAUAUGCAACUACACUGCUCUGCAGUGCUGUAUUACAGAAAUGGAAGAAUCAAGGUAGAAAAGUUCAUCUUGAACUUAAAUGCAGAUUGUGAUGAACAAACUUUUGCAAAACUGUUGCAAGACUUUUCACGUAAUGGCCUGCAAGCCAGAAUUGCCAACAAGAUGAGUAUUUUCAAAAGCUCCUUUGCUAUUUAUCUAAUUGCAGGUGAAAUUCGUAAGGAAGAAAACAUUCUGUUUUUGUUGUGGUUUGCAUUCAACUUGGGUGUAACAAGCAUGCUUCAAUUUCAGCUAAUCAGAUUGUAAAAUAUUGAGUUAAAAUAAGAGAUACCAUCAUUUAGACUACCAAACCCAGAGGAGAAGGUAGAAGAGGAGAGGACAGUCUCUUAAAAAGCAAGAGGCGUCAGGAAUUCUGGACAUUCAUUCUAGCUGCUGAGGAGCACACCAUCUUAAAUCAGAGCUCCUUUCUGAAAGGAGCAUAAGAAAAUGUUAGGCAGAAUGGCUGAAAGGCAGAAAAUACAUGAUGAAAAAACUACAGAAAAAAAAGGUUGAGAGAAAGAAUGUUUAGGGGCUGAAACCUAGCUGAAAAGCAGUCUGGGAACUGCGAGCUGCCUUUUGUUAUUUGAUUUUUAGCAUGCUCAGAAAAGAAUAUUCUGGGCAUUGUUUCUAUGUUGUAUGACAGAAUCACUUACAUGCCGUCACCUUCAUAGGUGUCAUGUAAGAACCUAACUCUUAAGUUAGAUGAGAAGGAGUAAAAAUGCAGCCAUUGUUUUUAAUGAUGUUCACCAAUGUGGAUCAGACAAUUAGGUUAAUAGUGUAGUUUGGUUUGUUGUUUCUGGUUUGUUUGUUUGUUUUUUUUUUCUUUUUGAACACACUGAGAUAACUGCUAAAGAAAAUAACCUAUAACACACAAAUAUGGCAUCAAGAAAAAUGACCCUAAUGUCUGGCUAUUAGAUGGCCAUAUUAUAUCUGAAAAUUAUGCCCCAAAAUAGUAUGAUAAUUUGAAAACUCAAAUUGCAAUUGGUUAUAAUUUUUGGCAUCUUAUUUGUUCUGGUAGAUAAAAGUUAGUUAAACCCACUGUAGAAUUGGUCUAAAGACAAAAUUAUGCUUCCGUCCUUCCCUUUUUUCUCACAGCUUCAUGCAGAACCACUCAAAAAUCAGACCCUAUGUAUGAGUGCAUUUUGCAGCUGGUUUUUGACCUCCAGCAGCUCUGUGCCACGACUGCUGCCCUGGGGGGCUGUUCCAGUGCCUGACCACUCUCUCAGUAAAGAACCUUUUCCUGAUAUCUAACCUUAUUCUCCCCUGUAAAUAGUUGAAGACGACAAACUGAGCCUCCCAAAAGAUUGUUUCAUUUUUUAACAGUGGAUACUCUGACUGUGCUGCCAUGCAAGGUUGUCUGAUAGAUCAACUUCACCCAGUUUGUCUACCUGUAACGUAUGAGUUAUACUUUCUAAAGCUGAGUGAAGGUUCAAGGACAAAAUAUGUUAAUGAGCACUGUGUGCUUAGAUAGCAGGUAAUGAAGGAAAUGUUAGUAAAACGGCCACAGGACAGAAGAAUAAUUUUUUUUCUUUUAAAUUUAGCUGUUUUUCAAUUACAGAUAAAAUGAAUGUUUAUAUUUAUCUAUGCCAUGAGAGGACUCAGUGUGAGAUAGUAGCAUUUUAUGCUGUAUUUUCCCCUUAUAUGUUGUGUACUGUUCUUAUGUGUAAAGUGUUCUUAUUGGUUGAUGGGCUGGCCAGCAGAACGUGAACUGAAUUUAGGGCAGAGAUGAGCUAGGAGUCAAUGGACACUUUAUAAACAUCUUUCCAGUACCCGUAUCGCGCGAAAUGAUUAAACUUAGCACAAAACUGUGCUGAUUAUAUCUUUAUGCUUCCAGAACUUGUAGGAAACCUGCUGCUACAGAACUAUAAUAAUGUUCCUCAAACUGCAUUUCUACAUCUAAUUAAGAGGUUUACUCCUUAAUGUAAACUUCUGCUCCAGGAAUGAAUGCUGAGUGAAAUUUAUCGUAAUUCGAAGAGCUUGUGGCAGGGUCAAUACGACAUCUAAGAACUCCACGCCACGCUUCCUAUCGCAGGUUUCAGUGGGAGCAGGACUUAAGUGCUGUAUGAGACCUGGGGUAAACUUCAGUCAUGCAGGGCUACACUACAGUCCUAACUGCUUGUGCAGAAAAGUCUAACAAAUGCCUUUUUUUUUCUUUGCAUUACUGUGCUUUUCUCUCAGUAACUCAGCACGCUACUAUGUUUGUAGCUUCAGGUGCAAACAUAGUAGGCUUUCUGCUGUCCUUUUAGAAAUGCAGCUUUUUAAGAUGCUUUUUGUUUUAUUUAAUUUAACUCUGAUUAGUAGCCCUGUUGAGCAUGCUCCGGUGUCUACCAGCCCUGCCUCUGCCCCUGCACCACAUGCUUCAGCACAUCAGCCUGCUACCGCUGCUCAAAAUACAGCCAGUAUGAUGACACCACCAGCAACCACUCCCACCUCAGUAGUGCAAGAGUCUUUCUCAUCCUCCUUCCAAAGAGUGCUUGCAGCCCCCAGCUCUCUUUCACAACCUAAGCCUUUCCUUGGGUCCAAGAACAUGUCAGUAGCAGCUUCCACUAUUUCAUCCGCUCUCUCAUCUCAGUCUAGUUUCAACCGGCAUUCUUCCACCUCCAUCAGCUACCAGUCGAAGAGAAACACAAGCCAGUCAUAUACACCAGUGCCAGCUUCUGCAAGCUAUGGUGAAAGUCCUGCUGCUUCUGCUGCUUCAAAACCAAGAGUUGUCACUACUGCUAGCAUAAAGCCCUCUGUCUACCAGCCCGCACCUGCACCAGUUCAUUCCUACACCCCUGCCAACACGGAGCCAGCAAGCCGUCCUCCCUGGGUAACAGAUGAGUCAUUUUCCCAGAAGUUUGCACCUGGAAAAACCACCACCACUGUCACGAAGAACAUCCUUCCGAGGGGUGCUCCAGUACCACCUCCUGCCUCUAAAUCUGCAUACCCGUCUCCAGUUUCAGCUUCUCCCCUGGCUCCUGCAAUAGCCCGAGGAACAAUUCAGAGGGCUGAGCGUUUUCCAGCCAGCAACCGAACUCCUCUCUGUGGGCACUGUAACAGCAUAAUUCGGGGUCCCUUCCUAGUAGCCAUGGGUCGCUCUUGGCACCCAGAAGAAUUCAACUGUGCUUACUGCAAGACAUCCUUGGCUGAUAUGUGCUUUGUGGAAGAGCAGAAUAGCGUAUACUGCGAGCGCUGUUAUGAGCAGUUCUUUGCACCGACCUGCUCCAGAUGCCACACUAAGAUCAUGGGGGAAGUGAUGCAUGCCCUAAGACAGACUUGGCACACGAGUUGCUUUGUUUGUGCUGCUUGUAAGAAGCCAUUUGGGAAUAGUCUCUUUCACAUGGAAGAUGGAGAACCUUACUGUGAGAAAGAUUACAUUGCUUUGUUCAGCACAAAAUGCCAUGGCUGUGAUUUUCCUGUUGAAGCUGGAGAUAAAUUCAUUGAAGCCCUUGGACAUACUUGGCAUGAUACCUGCUUCAUUUGUGCUGUAUGCCAUGUGAAUUUGGAAGGUCAACCAUUCUACUCCAAGAAGGAUAAGCCAUUGUGCAAGAAGCAUGCCCAUGCCAUCAAUGUUUAAAAAGAGCUGGAAAUCAGUAAUGCUGGGGAAACUGAUGACUAAAUGAGCAAUUAUAAAGUUGAUAACCAUGGCUAGCAUUUGUCUUGGUAGAAGCUAUAAAGUUGAUAUUUCUAAAAUUUCAUUUUAACUCGUUUCUUAGGAGCGGAACAUGCUUUUGCAUGGUUCAUAUAAAAUGAACAAUCAAAACCAAAUUAAAUACUCCAUUUAAGAACAGAUUAUUAGUGCAGCAGUUUGGAGAAAUACUGAUUAAAACCUGUGAUUUGAAAUGUAAUACAUAAAUACAGUUUAAAAUGAACUACCCACAGCAGUUUUACUGCUCAGACCACACACUAGUGUUUAAGAAUAACAGGAAAAGUCCUGUUAUUGUAAUUGUAAUAACUCAUCUCUUGUAAUAGCUCAUUUUCUUUCAUAAAAAGAAUGAGUAAGUGCUAUACGGACAAUAAUCAGUAGAACCAAAGGACACAGCUUUCAAAGGGAAAUAAAUAGGUUAGGGUUUCCUCUAUGAAAAGUGUGUGCUAUUCCUUUAUGUUGUGGUGCUACCUCAUAGCAUCAAGUAUUUUAGAUUCUUUCCAAAUAAGAAGUUUGCCUUGAAUCCAUACGUAACUCUGAAGCCUAAGAGACAAUGAGUAGCUUAGUUUGAGAAUGAAGUGGAAAUGGAAUUAACUCCUUCCACACUCAAUAAGAUUGAGGAAAGGUUGGGUCAACCUUGCUAGUGCACUUAGCUUAUACGUGAGCAGUAGAUACCUCACUUUCAAAUCUUAAUGGAAAAGGCUAACUGGCUUUGUCCAGCCUGCUCUUAAAUUGAAUGGAAUCAGGCUGGCUGGAAAGGAACUGUGGCUAUUGAUUCAAAAACAGUUUGCCUUUCCUCUUGUGGGAAAAAAAAAAACAAACCUGAACAUUACUUUGGUUUAUAAUGUCCACUGAUAUAAAGUGGGAGGUAGGAACCCAUUUCUGGAUCUUUAACACUGAUUAACAGCGAAGACACAUUUCUAUCUAGUACAGCUGGAAAGUGGGAGAUAGCUUGAAAAAGUUGCCAAAUCUAUCCCACAUACAUAGAAAAAAGGCACCUUUACUUCUCCUGUGGAAUGUAAUCAAUCAAUGUUUUAUCAAUGUAAAUGAAUGUUGAUAAAAAUUCAUUGGGCAGCAUAACACCACAGACAGAUGCUUUUUAUUGUUUUCCUCAGUUUAAAUAGAACACAUUCUACAUCGUAGCAUUUGCCAUUGUAAGACAGAAGCUUUGACACUUCAUCUUAGUCCUAUUUUUAAAUAUUUUAUAAAAAACUUCGAAGUUGCUCAAGCAUUUAUAAAACUGUUCUUUUUGUUUGGUUGGUUUGAUUUUUUUUGAAAGCAAUACUUGUAGUACUAGCAGUGAUUUUGAAUUCCUAAUUUUAAAUAUCUAUUUGUAUUGGAGGCAGCAGUUCUGUUGAAUAGAAAAUGGAGUUAUAAUGGAAAGCCUAAUCAAUAUUCAAGUUUUAUUAAUUUGCUUAAAUGAAAAUUAUGAUUGUGUAUUGAUAGCUUGCAGUACUGACAGUUUAUAAUUCGUAUUUCUGAGAGUGAGAAUGAGUUCUGUGGGCCACAUGCUGGUGCUAUCUGCACACUACUGUACCUUGUGUUUUGAGUAGCCGGGAAUGACUUGGCAUUGUCUGUCUUUUCCCUCCUAUAGGUAAUGCCAAUUCUAAGAACAUAGGUGUGUCUUUUUAGUGAUGAAAAGCUAUCCAAAGCUGUGGGGAGAAAUGCGGGGAGGAGGAAAUAAAAGAAAAGGGGGGUUAAUAUGGGAGUUAAAUUAGCUGCAGGCAGUCCACAUCUUGGAAGAAAAUAACAAUCAUAACUGCCUGUGGCAGUUCAGACAUGUAUGACCUCUGUUUAUUCAGCAGGUAUCUUAGUUCUCACUGAUCUUAGCAGGGAUCUGAUCUGAGUGCUUACAGGGUCAGAUUUUGAAUGCAUUCAUUAUUCUAUAACACUACUUCAUUAUAUGCAAAGCUUUUUUUUUUUUUUUUUUUUCCUAUAGGAAACAAAUUUUCUGUUUUCAGUCAGUGCUGGGCUGAUGUAAACGUGGUUCCAUUAACUACAAAGCCCAGGUAUUUGGCUCAUAAUGUUCUCCAGAGGAAUAAACUAUAAUCAUGGAAGUUAAAUACAUUUUUUCUCAUAUUUGAUUCAUUAAAUACCUUUUUAUAAGAGUGAGACAAUUCUAUACUUCCUUUUAAUUUUUGAAUGCAUUGAAGAUGCUCCUUGGGCAGACUUCUGUGUUACCCACUGACUGGGACUAGUCUCUUACUGUCAACAUCAAACUCUCAAAACAGGGAGUCUGACUCCUUGGCACAACACAGACUGCUAGAGCAUAUAACACCACAGUAGAAUGUCAUGAUCUAAUCUAUGUAUUUAUGUGUGUCUCCCUCUCCACCUUCUCUGUUCCUAAGAGCUCCCUCUUUGCUGGUACUAUGAAGAAUACAGCAUUUUAGGAGAUGGUCAGAGAUGAUUGGCUGCAGCUAACCAGGGGUGUACAGUCUGUGCAGAGAAUGUGGUAGGCAGCCAGGCUGGAGCUGCUUCUUUCUUCUCCAUAUUCACAAGGGACCCCAAGAUUGCCAGAUGAAGUUGCACAGGACUUCCCAUCAGAAGCUCAAGUGGACAAGUAUGGGAUGUGAAAAGACUUCCAUUAGGGGUCUCGGUGUGAGCAGGGGAAGAGAGGUUUGGAUCAAAGAGGGCAGAGCACCUGCAGCAGCCAGAAUAUGGGGGGCUUGAGGGCCUCUGGUAUUGUGUAGAAGGGUGAAGCACUGGGGAGGCAGGGGAAGCUGGGGCUGGAGGAGGGAGAGGAGUAGGUAAGGCCAGUUGCACUAAGUUGAUAUAUUAGAUACUUUCGUUGAGGCAGAGGGGGAAGCAGAGAAUAGCCAGCAUGACUUGCUAUUGUCAAGGAAAAGGCUUGGCACAGGAAAUUGGGGUACAAAGAGCUGACAAUAGUCCCAAUAUAUAGUAUGAAUGUAUACAGAAUGAGUGAGCAAGGAAGAUCCAGGAUCCUACCUAGUAGAAGUCAACACUGCAAAAGGGUGAAUGCAACAUAUGUUAGGUAUAGCUGAGCUAGCUUGUGCAGUGGCAACUGUGAAAAUGCAGCAGCAGAGAUUUCAGUGGGAGCUGUACUAACUUGAAGGGGUCCUGAAAAUUUCCUUGGACAGGUAAUCUGCACUGUAACACAUGCCCUGACUCCAGCUGGUGUCUGAGCAAGUGAGAUUAAAACUAGUUUACAUAUCAGUUUAUGAGGUACAGUGAUAUCUCUGAGUGAAAAACAGAGAUACCCUGAGGAUUAUCAUGUAAUAAAUUUCCUGUUUUGACUUGUGCUGCUUCAUAAUAUGGUCCAAAAAUAGGGAAUCCACUUACCUGCCCUUACAUAAUUUUUGCACAUAUCUGAACCAGAAAUUUGUGAAUAGUAAUGUAGAAUUUUAACUUUCACAGGGAUAGAAUCCCACAUAACGCUGAUACUCUUCUGCUAUAUGUCACCUUUGUGAUAUGGAGGAAAGGAUGCAUACUUAUAUAAUUCAGAACAGGGCCCUUCAACUAUCACUGAACAUAAAUGCUAUACAAAAAUAGUGUUUGCAGGAUGAAUAAUGUGCACUUGUUUAUGUUUUCUGUCUUGUAACAGAUGCCUGGGAUAAGUCAUAAGUUCCUCUAAAUAUUUAUAUUAAUUAACAUGGGACUUUACGUGACAAAACAAAGAUCCUGUACCUCUGAAUGACCAAAUAAGAAUACCAGUAUUUUGUCUAAUACGGUGUUCAGCAUCUUUUCAGUCAAUGGCUUCAAAAAUGACCUUAAUGCUUUUUCUCUUUUUCCGCUCUUUUUGCAUAAGAGAGUAAAGAUUACCAAAGAAGGCCUUGCUUUUAUUAUCUGAAAAGAAAACCACUCAUCUGACUUAUUUUUUCUAAGUUAAUUUGUAAUGUACUGGAUUCACAUAUUGCAAUUUUAAACAAGGGAAAAUAUUUUACUUUGGUCCUUCAGUGGUCAGUACUUUGGGUGAAAUGUUUUCUUAAAGACAUACUUAUGUUUAAUAAUGUGAACAUCCAGCACUGAACACACUCAUUAGUGUCUAGUGCUGGGAAUGCUAAUGUUUAUUUGUAAUACUUGUCUCCAGGUAGCAGAUAUUGUUUAGUAUUUACAAACAUCAGAAUUUGAAACUGAGUGAUUUCUUGUCUGCAGUGAUCAUAGAAGCCUAGGUUUUAUAAUAUAAUUACAUGUUGACUUGAUACCACAAGUGCCCUUGCUUUUAGAUACAUAUUUUUCUGAAGUUCUUAGUUAGUUCAGGUCAGAAUGCAGCAUGGUUUAUGAGGUGUGAGUAAUUGUACUUUGCAUGGAUUACCUGUGCCAACAUGGAUAAAACAGUCUAGUAAUAAAAUGAAUGUACAAAUACAUUUAAAGCUUUAUAGUUUGGACAUAUUUGUUAAUAUGGCACAUGAACAGCUGACAGCAUACACAAGCUUGUAUUCUCUACUUCAAACCUGAAAAUAAAAUUAGAAGCAUUGGUUUCAACCUUA